AUACACCUCAAUUCAAGUGUGUGUGCGUCGGGAGGAGUGGUGGUGACGUUUCCGAUUUUUUCCUUCUUCCGUCUGCGAUGUGUACACUUGCCAGCACUUGGUCGGACCCCCUUCUGAUACCUAUACAGAAUUCUUGGCAGAACCCCAACCUGUUUCCAUUGAGACAGAGGAAGCGAUGACGCACUUUUGCCCUGGCCGCCCAGUCGGGAGGCUGUGGGUUGCAGGUUGUGCACAGACCGCGCUCGGUUACAACAACCCCCCUGUCUUUUGGGGACUUUUCUGACGUUUCGAUUGCGGAAAACGAGAAGCCGAGAGGUGGCCGAGUUGAAGCUGUUUCCUGGAAUUCGGCAUUCUUUACAGUUGUGUCUUACUUGAGCCACUGACCUAUCGAUACCGUUCUCUGUGGGCCUUUUUACCUUUUCCUUUUUCAUCGUGUUGGAGCAGCACCAGAGAGCGGACAGAACGAACAUGCCUUAUGAUGAAAUUGAAGCUAAAUUUUUGGGACAUGGGGAAGACCUAACAAGUGAACCAUGCUACAAGAAACCGAAGUCAACUGAAGAGUCUUUUAUUUUCCCCCGUCAUGGUAUUUCUAAUUUUCACAGAGUACAAGAGAAAACUGGAAAUGAUUGGGUCCCUGUGACCAUUACUGAUGUCAGAGGACGUGGUUCUUCUCAGGAAGACAACAAAACUACAAAUUUGCUGAAACCAGUGCAUGAUAAGAUGCUUAGUAAUAGACCAGCUGUUUCUGAGUCCGUUAAUUCACAAGUUUUACAGGCUACAAGUUCUCCAUUGGUAUCCACAGAUGAUGAGAUAUACAGCACAAGUAAAGCAUUUAUAGGACCCAUUUACAAACCCCCUGAGAAAAAGAAAUGUAAUAAAAAGAGGAAGCAAGUAGACAAUAUUAAGGGCAUAAAUGGCGAAGGAGGACAAGAUGAGAAACAAAAAUUUAACUGGAAAAAAUCAGAGAUUGAUAAUGAGUUAUUCCAGUUUUACAAAGAAAUCGAAGAACUUGAAAAUGAAAAAGAUGAUUUAGAAGGCAGUUGUAAGGAACCCAAACUGUCUGAGGAACAAUUUAUUUCAUAUGAUCAGGGACAUAAUAAUGAUCUGAUGAAAUACGCAGAAGAAAAGAAAAGAGAUCUUAGUAGUGCUCUUCAGUUGCAUUGUGGUUAUCAACAGGACAUGGGGAAUGAGCCAGGCAGAUAUCCUUGUCAUGGACAACUGAUACCUACAUUUUGUGAUGUGUCCUUUGCUUCCUUCAGGCAUGAAUGGCAAUCAGUGCAUUCUUUUAUAAUACCCAGAGGUCCUCCUUUUUCUAGUUCUAACUGUCAUUUAAAUGUUCAAAGAUUCAGUGCUCCACCAAAAUAUCAUCAAAUUUUCCUUGCCCAAGAUGGCUCUCAGACACAAAAAGGAGGUUAUAUGAAUAACUGUCAUGGUAAUUGGAAUUGUUUGACUUUUGAUCAGAGCAAUGAAUAUACUGACUUUAGUGAAAAUAUCGGUAGUGAUCUUCCCUUUGGAAAUGGCUACACUGUACAAGAUGCAUAUGUGAGUAGUGGUUGCUGUGAACCUAGUAAAGGAUGCUGGAAAGAUCCUAUAGAUAAGCAUAAUAGCCCAGAUAGGUUUAUGAACCAGCAGUUUCAAGAGGAGAAGUUAGGUAAAUUGCAGAAGUUACUUAUUCUUUUAAGAGGCUUGCCUGGUUCUGGAAAAACAACAUUAUCUCGAAUUCUGCUUGGUCAGAGUCGUGAUGGCAUUGUGUUCAGCACUGAUGACUAUUUUCACCAUCAAGAUGGGUACAGGUAUAAUGUUAAUCAGCUUGGUGAUGCCCAUGACUGGAACCAGAACAGAGCUAAACAAGCUAUCAAUCAGGGGAGAUCUCCAGUUAUAAUAGACAACACUAAUACACAAGCUUGGGAAAUGAAACCAUAUGUGGAAAUGGCCAUAGGAAAAGGAUACAGAGUGGAGUUUCAUGAACCUGACACUUGGUGGAAAUUUGAUCCUGAAGAAUUAGAAAAGAGGAAUAAACACGGUGUAUCUCGAAAGAAGAUUGCUCAAAUGUUGGACCAUUAUGAAUAUCAAAUGUCCAUCUCUAUUGUAAUGAAUUCAGUGGAACCAGUGCACAAAAGCACACAAAGACUUCACCCUUCAGAGGAGAGACAGAGGUGGGGAAGUUCUCUAGGCUUGCACAAUCAAGUCUGUGUCACAUACAAUCAUUAAGGUGACUAUUUUCAGCUAACACAUUUGUUGCUUGCCUUUGAAAAAUAUUAUUGAGCCUUUCUUGAUGUUUAAGUAGUUUUAAAUUAAAAAAAAGAUUGCAUUGCCUCACAGAGGAUGUUCCCAGCAGUUGUUUGAAGUAUAAAUAAAAAUUACAUAAAUUGUAUUUUAAAUGUUUUUAUAAUCUUGUAAUACCUUUGGUUACUAUGAAGACAGACACCUGAGUCGGUAAGAA